GAGACCUUAGAGCAGCUCCAGUGCCUAAAGGGGCUCCGGGACACCCGGAGAGGGGCUUUGGACACGGGGUGCAGGGGCAGGACGAGCGGAACGGCUUCACCCGGCUCCGGCGCUGCCCGCCCCAACCAUUCCCGCUGGGAAUGCGGUGACGUCACACAGGGCGCGGCGCGCCCCCUGGCGGGCGGCCGGCGGGGCGGGGCGCGGGGCGGGGUCACGUGUCCCCGCCCGCAGCAUGGCGGGAGCGGCCCCGGCCCCGCGCGGGUCCCCCGGCGGGAGGCGGCGGCUGCGGGACGAUGGGGUCCGGACCGCGACCUCCGCGGAGCAGACCAAGGUGGAAGACAUCGUGCAGGAGGUGUUUGAUGCCUACAAGACGAACCAUCACAUCCCACAGUUUAUCCUGCAGCGGGAGAAGCAUUUCCAUUACCUGAAGAGAGGCCUCCGGCAGCUCACUGAAGCUUAUGAGUGUCUGGACGCCAGCCGCCCUUGGCUCUGCUACUGGAUCCUGCACAGCUUGGAGCUGCUGGAUGAGCCCAUUCCGCAGUCGGUUGCCUCUGACGUGUGCCAGUUCCUGAGCCGCUGCCAGAGCCCCCAAGGAGGUUUUGGGGGGGGUCCCGGCCAGCACCCCCACCUUGCCCCCACCUAUGCUGCGGUCAAUGCGCUCUGCAUCAUUGGCACGGAGGAGGCAUUCGGUGUCAUUGACAGGAAGAAGCUGCUGCAAUACCUGCACUCGCUGAAGCAGCCCGAUGGCUCCUUCCUCAUGCACGUCGGGGGCGAGGUGGAUGUCAGGAGCGCCUAUUGUGCUGCAUCCGUGGCCUCCCUGACCAACAUCCUGACCCCCGCGCUCUUCGCCGGGACAGCCGAGUGGAUAGCGAGGUGCCAGAACUGGGAGGGCGGCAUCGGCGGUGUGCCAGGGAUGGAGGCUCACGGGGGUUACACCUUCUGUGGCGUGGCAGCGUUGGUCAUCCUCAAGCAGGAGCAUCUCCUGAACCUCCGGAGCUUGCUGCACUGGGUGACCAGCCGGCAGAUGCGCUUCGAGGGCGGCUUCCAAGGGCGCUGCAACAAGCUGGUGGAUGGAUGCUAUUCCUUCUGGCAAGCUGGGCUCCUGCCCCUGCUGCACCGAGCCCUCCACGCCAAGGGGGACCCAGCGCUGAGCAUGACCCACUGGAUGUUCGACCAGUCGGCGCUGCAGGAAUACAUCCUGCUGUGCUGCCAGUGCCCGGCCGGGGGGCUGCUGGACAAGCCUGGCAAAUCCCGGGAUUUCUACCACACGUGCUACUGCCUGAGCGGUCUGGCCAUAGCGCAGCACUUCGGCAGCGGCGACCUCCACCACGAAGUGGUGCUGGGUGCCCCCAAGAACCGCCUGCAGGCCACGCACCCCGUGUACAACAUCACCCCGGAGAAGGUGGUGCGAGCGGUGAUGCACUUCCUGCAGCAGCCCGUGCCCAGCCUGGAGCCAGCAGCCGAGUAGGGGGUGUCCCUGCUGCCCCCCCCUGCCCAGACUGUGCGGAGCAGCCCUGCCCCGGGUGUUUUGGUGCAGAGCGAGGUCCUCAGGGUGCUAGCAAUACCAAAAACCUGCUCCCGUGGCCACCAGCUCCUGCCGCCAUUCCCGGUGGUGAUCCCGGUGCCAUCCCGGUGGGAGCCGAGCUGGCCGAGGGGGACACGGGCCGUUGGCAGAGCUGUUGGGAAUCAAUAAAGCCCCAAGUAAGAGCUGC